AUGAUCGGCGACGCCGUCAUUGUCGACCUUCGUACCGGACCAGGGUUCGCGCACGCAUUGGCCUCGACGCUGCUCAAUGUACGAGAGCUUCUUGACGAGCAAUGGGUGGUGCACGCCUGGGUGUCAGCAGACGCCAACCUCUCCCGUACCGUGCGCCAGCGCCUCUACAAGCUGAGCGGCCUCCGUCAUGCGCUCCGUUGCGCCAAUGCCGGGACGUGCGCCGCUCUACGGCUGAAGCGCAUGACGGGAGAGAAUUCGAGGGCGUGGUACAACCGGCUCAUCCUGAAGACUGACUUCUGGAGGUCCUUCUCCGCGCCGCACGUGCUGCUAUUUGAACUCGACACCUGCCUCUGCCCGUCGCCCACCUGGUCGCUGCGGCACUUCGUCGACGAAGGCUACUCGUACAUCGGGGCGCCGUGGCACCCGAGAAGCGUCAUUAGCCCGGACGAUCAGCGUCCCGAUGGCGCCUUCCACGACGGCGCCUUUGCCUGCGUCGGCAACAGCGGCCUCUCGCUCUGGCGGCGCCAAGACGUGCUGACGCUGCAACCGGCAGCGUCUAGCGACGACUUUCUCGAGUGGCGCACGGUGAUUGCCGACAUGUGGCUCUCGGCGCAGCUGCAGUCGAAACGCUGGCGUGGGCUUGGCCUACGCGGCGUGCCCAACGCCAGCGAGGCGGCGCGCUUUGCCAUCGAAACCUACGGAUACCGCGACACCGGCGUGCCUGUCGGCGUGCACCUGAACGCGCUGCAACGGCGGGAGCCAAAGCGGGCACUCUUGCAGGCGGAGCACGAGAGAAUGCUGGUGCUGAAGUGCCCGCCCGUGGCCUCAGUCUUCUACAGAUGGGACGAAACGCGGCACGGCUCUGUCGGGGCAGCCCCCGAGAAUCGCGGCUGA